AUGGCCAUCUGCAAGUAUUUUCUCCAAGGCAAUUGUCGAUUCGGCAAUAACUGCAGAUUCGAACAUCCUAGCGGCGGCAGUGGAGGCAACUCCUCACGCAACAGGUUCAGUCCACUUUCGGGCGGCGGUAGCAGUCGUCAGGGCGGUGGAAAUAACCCAGAAUACAUAAUUACCACAAGUGAGAUCACAAGCGACCUGACGGAAGGUAAAGGUCGCCCAAAAUGGAUCUUGAGCUCAUGGGGCGUCAAAGAGGGACCGAAAUCAUUCUUUGAAGAUUACAGCCCGGAAGAAGUCAGAUGGCGGUUCUACGAGCUUGCAGCCCAAGGGAAAGAAACCGAAGCCGAUCAAGAGGCAAUUUCGCUUUGGAACAAGGCCGACUCUGAGAUUAGGCAAUUAUCGAACCGUGUCGAUGAUAUCGGUGGCAUGAUGAGAGAAGCAGAGAAGCAGCACCCCAACAGAUGGGACUUUCUAAACUGGGACGGCUCCAAGACAAGAGAGCAAUUCAUCGCUGGGUUUCAAGGAAUGUCUUCGAACUCCGGAAAUGCGCCAUUUGGCUCGAAUUCUACCAGUUCUGGUUCUGGGUUUGGCUCAAAUUCGACUUCGAACGCCAACCCUUUCUCAAAGCCUGCCACUUCAACCUUUGGGCAACCAAGCCAACCUUCUGUUUUUGGCGCCAGCCAAUCCUCAACCUUCGGAAAGCCCUCUUUUGGCUCAGGUGUCUUUGGUGGCAGUUCUUCAAAUUCGUCCAGCCUUUUUGGUCAAACAACCCAAAACAGUACAUUCGGGAAACCCAGCUUUGGCGGCACUCCAUUUGGCCAAUCGACACAGCCAGCAUCGACUUUCGGCCAACCGUCACAACCAACAUCGUCGUUUGGUCAGCCUUCACAGCCCUCCUCCGGCUUCGGGUCUACCGGCUUUGGUACACCUGCUCAAAAAAAUCCUUUUGCUGCAGCCUCGGCAUCAAGCGGAUUUGGGCAACCUAGUUCAACCUUCGGACAGCCUACAUCAACCUUCGGACAACCAUCUCAACCUACAUCAACCUUCGGGCAACCAUCUCAACCUGCAUCUGCCUUCGGACAGCCGUCUCAACCGACUUCAACCUUUGGCCAACCAUUGCAAUCGAUUUCAACCUUUGGACAGCCAUCAUCAACAUUUGGCCAACCAAGCCAGCCAGCCUCCACAUUCGGACAACCUACACAGCCGUCAUCGGCAUUUGGACAGCCUUCACAACAGACAUCAGCAUUCGGCCAGCCCACAACAUUCGGCAAAGCCGCAUCACCCUUUGGUCAACCAAGCCAGCCCACAUCCAGCUUCGGCCAAGGCUCACAACCCACCUCUACGUUUGGUCAACCUACCCAAACUUCCUCUGGAUUUGGUCAACCGGCAUUUGGUGCGAGUGCCACUCCCUCGUUCGGACAACCAUCAGAACCCACCAAUCCUUUCGGCAACAAAGCUGUAGAGCAGCAGCCACCAAAUGAUCAACCUAUGGAUGCAACCUCACCUGGCACAUUACGCCCUGCGACUCGGGGCAACCCGUUCAGUACUCCGGCCGCCAACGCAAACCAAACAACAGCUCCCGCUUCUUCGCAACCAGCGGCUCCACCAAAGCCUAUUGUUAACACAUCGUCAACCCCACACCCGUUAACUGGGAAUCCUCCUGCCGCUGUGCUGAUCACACAAUCACUUCCAUUUCAACCUCCCCAGAAAAACGGAGAUCGCUUGGUAUCAUACCGCGGCCAAAGAGUUGAAUACGUGGAUGGUGAACCAUGCUAUCGACGGCCAGAUCGCAAAGGAUUCCAAAAGAUCUGGUUCCCGGACGGAGCGGCUGCCAUGGAAGUGGUCGCAUUGAACCGCGAAGAUAAGCUGGACGAUAUUCAAGGAGCAUUGGAACAAUACACAGAUGCGGUCAAGGAACAAUACAAGUAUUUCUUCGAUCACGGUAGUUUCCAGAAUGGCAGAAUUCCCCUCGUGCCUCCGAUGAGGGAAUGGGCAAUUUACGACUUCUAA